AUGAAUCUGUUACUCGCCAGACUCGUGUGUUUCAUCGGCCUCGUGGCGCGGGACGCGCAGGGGACAUACUCCCGUUACGGAUCUUACCGUCCCGUGCAGGCGGACCGUCCUCUAACGCCUGCGUCCCCGCGGGCCUCCGCGAGACUCCGUCAGCACGCACGAGCGGCCGAAUCCAUUCAGCAUGCGUUUGACGACGUCUCGCCAAGUGAUGAGACGGUCCGGGACGAACUCUCUAGAGACCCUGCGAGCCGCAGGGUCCGGCAGAGUGGGCGCUCCCUCGUCCAGUCUCAGAGGCCAGCUGUCGACAACCAUUUAUCUCAGAAUAUGCGAACAACUAAUUUGGAAGCUCACGGUACUAAAUCCAGGUUUUACCGCUAUCAGUCCCCUCGACGCCGGCCGAUAAAGAGAGGCCAGCCUAUGGGCCAGCCGCUCACUCGCCUCCCGCCGAACGCACCCCCCGCUACGUCACGGCGGGCCUCCGCAGCCAUACAAAGCGGCGCAGCAUCAAGAACAAACUGCAGAAAUCGGCCUAUAGAUCUGGUUUUCAUCAUAGACAGCUCCCGCAGUGUGCGCCCAGCUGAAUUCGAAAAGGCCAAAGAGUUCUUGCAAGACAUGGUGGAUAGUUUGGAGAUUGGCUCAGAUUCCACUCGGGUCGGCCUCGUCAAUUAUGCAAGCACGGUGCAGCUGGAUUUCAUGCUGAAGACGUACUUUAACAAAGCGGCCCUAAAGCAGGCAUUGGCCCGCAUUGACCCCCUCGCUUCAGGCACCAUGACAGGCUUGGCCAUUAAAUUUGCCAUGGAAAAGGCUUUCACCAUGGAGUCAGGGGCUCGCCCUAGCUCCAUGAACAUCGCUAGAGUGGCCAUCAUAGUGACGGAUGGGAGGCCCCAGGACAAGGUGGAAGAUGUAGCAGCAGCAGCCCGGGCAUCUGGGAUUGAAAUUUAUGCAGUAGGAGUGGACAGAGCAGAUAUGAAGUCUCUCCGCCUUAUGGCCAGCCUCCCACUUGAUGACCAUGUCUUCUAUGUGGAAACCUAUGGUGUUAUUGAGAAGCUCACUUCCAAAUUUAGGGAAACCUUGUGUGGUAAGGAUGAUGAGGGGAGUGCCGAUAUUCCGUUAGAUGGCGGAAUUGACGAAUAUGGAAUAGGCCUAAGUGGUGAAUAUGAUGGUAAUGGAAUAAAUAACAAGAAUGACGGUGAAGGAAACACUGGUUCGGAUUCAUGUGCAUUGGGACACGACUGCCAACAUAUUUGUGUCAGCAAUGGCAACUCAUACAUCUGCGAGUGUCGCGUGGGCUAUGUCUUGAACAUGGACAAAAAAACAUGCUCACGUGUGGACACAUGCGCUUUAGGACAUGAUUGCCAGCAUAUUUGUGUCAAUAAUGGUGACUCGUACAUCUGCAAGUGUCAAGUUGGAUAUGCUUUGAAUGCAGACCAGAAAACCUGCUCACGUGUGGAUACAUGCACUUUAGGACAUGAUUGCCAGCAUAUUUGUGUCAAUAAUGGUGAUUCGUACAUCUGCAAGUGUCAAGUUGGAUAUGCUUUAAAUGCAGACCAGAAAACCUGCUCACGUUCGGAUGCAUGUGCGCUAGGACACGACUGCCAGCACAUUUGUGUCAAUAAUGGUGACUCCUACAUCUGCAAGUGUCGAGCAGGAUAUGUUUUGAACACAGACCAGAGAACAUGCUCAAAGGAAAUGCGAAGUGAAAUAAGUGAAGACGCAUGCAUGUGUGAAGCACAAAUUGUAUUCCAGAAGAAGGUCCAGUCAACCAUUCAAGAGCUGACCAGAAAACUCGAUGAGAUUUCAAACAAAAUAAACCAGAUCGAAAGCCACCAGCAUUACUUCUAAGACACGGGAAUCAGCCAGUAGGCAGGAUUUACUGAGUUCACUUUCAGAUGGGUCCCUGUUGAGAUUCCAAUGAUGUCAGAACCUUGAAAGCUAAUUCUAA